AAUUCCUUCAGAGUGUAGUUGAAGGGUGUGCCACGCGCUUUAGAGAAGCAGCAGCAGCGCAUGAUCAGACGCUGAGCGAGAAAGAUCAUUGUUAACUUUUGCGUUAUUUUAUUCACAGCCAUUUGUGAUCGAUUGGAAGCUUGCCCACCUUGACUCACACUGACCACUCAAAGGUUGAGAGGAAACGAGUACUUACACAUAACUGAUUCUGAGAACUGAUUCUGUUCUGAUGAAGAAUUAAACUCAUCUACAUAUUAUCUGGCCUUAGGAGAAAUUUUAGCUGUUGAAACUGAAAGAUGGCUGAGCAGCUGCAGAAACUUGUUUCACAGAAGAAGGAUGUUGUCGAGACCGUCAUGGAGGUGUUUGAGCAGGGCGCAGAAGUGGUGGCCAGCAUCGCUGGAGAUCUGUUCCCCGUGUUCUCCAUCGCAGCUCCGUUCAUGAAGCUGGCGCUGGAUAACGUGGAAAGCAAAGAGGCCGAGUACACGAAGGAGCAGUUCCAGAAAGUGCGAGAUCGCCUAGAAGUCGUUUCUGAAGAAGUCCAGCAGAUAAACCAGGAGAUCAAGAAGAGCGGCGUGGAUGCCACCUACUUCUCCGUAGAGGAGAACCUGACCAACCAAUUCCGCAAAUUCAUGGACGUCCUGAAUGCCAAACCUAAAUUCAGAGAGGUCAGAAAGAAAACAUUCCUGGAGCACUUCAACAGGACAGGGGGUGAUAAAAACCUGCACACACUUUAUAACGCCGUAACCGGCGAUAACUUCUCAGGAGAGUCUGUGCUGGAAAUCACACUGAAUUAUGAGAAGAAGAGCCGCAGAGUGGUGGAGGAGUUUUGCUCUACCCUCAAAAAGUUGUUCUGCGUCGGUUUGAUCGCCUUACUGGGACACUCAGCAUUGAAAGGCGAUGACGAUGAGGAAAAGCUGCUUCAAGACUGGAGCGAGAGGAUGAAAGUGGUGCAGGAUAAAAUGAACGUCGUGAUUGAAGACUGCAUCAACAGCUUUCCGACGCAGGCCGAGCUGGACGCCAAACGCAUAGUGAGAGACCAAAGCGACAAAAGCAACCAGCAACUGGCCGACUUGCUGGUAGAGCACCUGAAAAAGAAGUAUGACUGGGUUCGCUGGUCAGUCCGUGUCUUUAAUUCCCCCACCGGCCUGUUAACCAAAAAGAAAGACUUCCACGGUUUGACGGGAAAGAGCCGCUUUCUGGUGCCAUCGCCAGAUGACAAGCUAAACGUUGUGGUCUCCUACAGCGCCUUGCCUGAACCUGUCGAUAAAGCCCGGAUACAGAGCCUGAUUUCAGAGCAGAAGAAUGUCAAAAUGACGCCGUUGGCUGAACAGCUUUUUGAGACAAUCCCUGUCUGCGUGGUUCACACAAUCAAGACCUCAUGCAAAGAUCUAGGCUUCUCCAGCAGCUUCUCUGACGAGCUGUACUUCUUUGAAGAAUUCAAGAACUUCCAUGUCUUUAUUCAUUCUGCUUAAACAAGGAGGAGAGAUAGAAAGAUUAACAGCUAAGCAGAUGUUGUAGGAUGAUAUUUGAAUCAACCACUAUAAUUAUACAACUUUACCUCUGUAAGGUUAUGACUAAUGACCAAAUUAACUAUUGUACUCUACACUUUUCUUUCUUUUUUCAUCUUUUUUUUCAUCUCUGCUUGUUUUAAAGCUGUAAAUGAACACUUUGAUAUAUCAAAUUUGUGUUUUAAUAUA